AUGGAGAGCCCUCGUCAGUCCGAUGCAAGCACUCCGGUGGAGCCUUGUUCCCCCGAGUGCGUCGACACGCCGGCCACGCAAUCCUCCGUGCUGUUUGAUGGCAAUCUGGAAGAGUUGCUGCGCAACUUGCCCCUCGAUCAGUACAUUCUCGUUACAGGGGGCCUCGGGUUCAUCGGCAGUCACACAACAUUGGAGCUACUCAAGGCCAAUUAUAAUGUAAUUGUGAUCGACAACCUUAGCAACUCCUUUCAGACCGUCUUUGACCGCAUUCAGCAACUGGCGGCCAAGCAUCAUGAGCAGCAAGGAACCCGCAUGCCCUCGUUGCAGCUGCACGCCCAUGACUACCGGGAUACGGUGGCUCUCCGUCGUCUGCUGGAGCAGUACCAGCUCCCAUCCCGGUGGGGAACCCCCAAGUCCAAGAUCGGUGGUGUCAUCCACUUUGCGGCUUAUAAGGCCGUGGAAGAGAGUAUCAAGAACCCGUUGAAAUACUACGCCAACAAUGUCAGUGGUCUCAUCGACUUUGCCACCACUCUGGGAGAGUUUGGCAUCAAAACAUUCAUCUUCUCGUCGUCCGCCACCGUGUACGGCACCCUGGCCACGUCUGGCCUUCCCUUGAAGGAAGAACUCUGUGUCCACAAGGAGGAAACCUUCAAGGAUCACAACGGCCACGAGACGGCCGUGAAGCCUGGCUGCACCGGGAUCACCAAUCCGUAUGGGCGUACCAAGUGGAUCUGUGAAGCGAUCUUAGCGGACCUGGCGGCCUCGGACCCGGAGUGGACCAUUGUAGCGCUACGUUAUUUCAACCCGAUCGGAUGCGACGAGUCCGGUCUCCUGGGAGAGGACCCCAGGCAGAUCCCCACGAAUCUUCUCCCGGUGGUGGUCAAGGUCAUGACCGGGCAGUACAAGGAGCUGCAGAUGUUUGGCACGGACUGGGACACGGAAGACGGAACCGCCGUGCGCGACUUCAUCCAUGUCACUGAUCUUGCCCGCGGACAUAUUGCCGCGCUCAACACCGCCAACAGUGGAAAGCUGGUCGAGAACUUCCGUACCUUCAACCUGGGAACGGGACGGGGCCACUCGGUGAUGGAGGUGGUCAACACCAUGGAGGCAGUGUCUUCCAAGCCGAUUCCCCGCAAGGCGGCCGGUCGCCGUGCAGGCGAUGUGGGCUCUUGUGUUGCCGUGGCCUCGAGGUCGCGAGAUGAGCUUGAGUGGAAGACUGAAAAGACCCUGAAGGAUGCUUGCGUGAGCCUGUGUAAUUUUCUUAAUGUCAGCGGCCUAUCCUCCUAG